AUGGAGUCUCUCCUACAUGAGCUGAACGCUUCCCUGGAGUCGGCGGUUCGACGCCUGAAUGGAGACGAAAAGUUGGCCCUGCAGGAAUCCCUCCAUAACACGGAGGCUCUCCCGAACAAAACUACAUUGGCUCUAGCUGGCCAGACUUUGGACCUUGUAGCUGAGGUACAACACCUUCUCGAGCCAGGACAUCUCAUUCUUGCAGACCAUUACUUAGGGUACAUGAGUACAAAAGCAUUGUGUGCUGCAGUGGAAUUGAACAUUCCCGAUAUCCUACGGCAAGAGCCAAAGACAUUGCCCGCACUCGCAAAAGAAUGCAAAGCACGAGCCGACCGCUUAGGACAGAUCAUGCGCACGCUUUUCAACAACGGAGUAUUUUCGUACAACAAGCAGGACAAAACAUACCAAAACAACCACGUAUCUACGUUACUUCUCUCUGACCAUUGGACACAAUGGCGCAAUUGGGUAGAACUAUACGGAAACGAGUUUUACGACAUGGCCCGCGGGAUUCCUGCUGCAUGUGGAGCCGGAAUUUCCCGCUCACCGGCCCAAGUCAACUACGACACAGAUGACAGCAUGUUCAAAUAUUUCACAGACCAAGGGUGGAUACAGAAGUUUCAUAAGACCUUGAGUGGAGGCGCUAUUGCGCAGGCACCAGGAAUCUUAGAGGAUUAUCCGUGGGAAGAGGUAGCUCAUGGUACCGUUAUUGAUAUUGGUGGUGGAGGUGGCGGACUCAUUGCCUUGCUCCUUCGAAAGUUCAGAACAAUGACCGGUGCGAUUCUCGAAGCUCCCAGGGUUAUUGAGCAGGCGCGGGCAAAUUUCCACACCCCUGACGGUCAAUUUGAGGAUGUGGGUGGCCAGAUACCAGGAGAGAACCUACUCACAGGUGAUUUCUUUGUGAGCAUCCCAUCUUUCGAAGUCUAUACACUGAAAUGGUGUCUCCAUGAUUGGGACGACAAUAAGGCUGCCAUUAUCUUGAAAAACAUCCGCAAGUCGAUUAAGAGAAGUUCCAAAAGUCGUCUUAUUGUUUUGGAAUCUGUCCUGGAGGAUGGUCAUACUGGUAGACUGUCGAGAUAUGCUGACAUGAACAUGAUGGUGGCUGUGGGCGGCAAAGAAAGAGAUGAAUCACAGUGGAGGACGUUAGGCGAAGAAUCGGGUUGGAAGCUGAGAAAGGUCUACCCCCUACGCAAUGCAUGGCCAUACGCAAUCGAAUUUGUUCCAGUCUGGUUCGAGGGGGAAGCACCACCUGCGGAAAAGGAAAUUCCCUCAGUAGAACCUGGGAGCGUGGUGGCUGAAAUGCGAUUCCUUGAACCAUGGGAAAACAAAAGUGGAAACCCUUACAUGAGAAUCAGUCCAGAUCCCGGAUACGAUCGGAGCAAUUUCCAAUGGCAAGACUAUGCUGUUAAGAUAUACGAUGCGAGGCCAACAAGGAACCAGUUCGUCCUGGAUACCCACGGCUUCGCUUUUCAUGAUGACGAUAUCCUACAAGAAACCAUAGAUGCACUGCGAGGCAACAAUAAGGAGACCGUCAGAGACCUCUACUAUCCACACAUCGAAGAUUUUGUCAAGAGAAUCACCGGCGCUCCUAGAGUAAUCAUCUUCGAUCACACAUUGCGAAAACGCAGACUCGAACUCGCUAAAACAGAGAACAACGACAACAAGGAGCAACCUGCAACCAUGGUUCAUUGCGAUCAAUCCCCGAAGGGGGCUUUGAGAAGACUGAAGAUGAACAUUGAACCUUGGGAGAACGUUGAUGACCUGUUACAGGGUCGUGUUCAGAUGUUGAAGUAUUAA